AUGGCGUCAAAACUUGCAGCGCACGGAUUCGAGUUUCACAACUGGGCUGGAGGUGAGGAAGCAGCCGAAGGUUUUGGCAUCUCCCACGCCGUUGUUGUCCCAGCAAACGCACGCACCAUUGUCAUUUCUGGUCAGGUUGGAAUCAGAGACGAUGGUACUAUUCCAAGUGACCUGGAGGAACAGAUAACGGAAGCAUUUGAUCAUGUCGAGCGAAGUCUCAAGGCCGCGGGGCUGGGAGAGGAUGCGUGGGAAUACGUAUAUUCUGUGAAAACGUUUGAAGUCAAGAAGAAUGGCCAGGACCUUGCCGAGAAGGUGGUGCCGAUAAGCAGGAAGUACCUGAAAAAUACGAAGCCCGCAUGGACUGGUGUGACAGUGCAAUCCCUCUUUUCCCCUGAGUUAUACCUUGAGAUCACAGUAGAGGCUUUCCUUCCAGCUUAG